AGGGGACCCGGGCUGGCGAAGUUGAGACACGGAGGUCUGCCACUGUUAUCACCAGCAGCCAUCUUGAUGAAGCAUAGGCGUAAACAACACGCUUCUUCGGCCAAGAUUCUUGUGCUAUCGACGUCAAAAAUGGAGUCCCUUUGUGGAAGCGCGAUUGCAGUCCCGUCACGUUGUCCAUCGUGCUGAUGGCGUCCUCCCAUCACCUCCUCUCUUCCUACUCCUCAUCUCAGUGACGUCACAGCGGUGAGGGGAGCUGUCCUGCUGAAACAAGAUGGCUGUGCGGGCGGGAGGAGCAAUGCAGGGGAGCAACCAAAGUGGACACAGGGUAGUAGCCCUGAGCCGCGCAGAAGACGACAGCCGCGCGUAGCGAGCGACGAGCCAUUUUGAGAGAACACCUCCUUUUUCUUGCACAAAAUUGGCCUUGACUCAUCCGACGGAGGGAGCGAGAUUGCCAAUCACGAUUAAGACAGGAAGCGGCGGCUCAGCGGAGGACAGCCGGGAACCCUCACGCCACGCGACAGAAAUGUCCCUACUAUGCGUGGGAGUGAAGAAAGCCAAGCUGGAUGGACCCCAAGAGAAGUUCAACACCUAUGUCACUCUUAAAGUACAAAAUGUGAAGAGCACAACCAUCGCCGUCCGGGGCAACCUGCCCAGCUGGGAGCAGGACUUCAUGUUUGAAAUCAACCGCUUAGACUUGGGUCUAACUGUCGAGGUGUGGAACAAAGGCUUAAUCUGGGAUACUAUGGUUGGCACAGUGUGGAUUCCACUUCACAAUAUCAGACAGUCAAAUGAGGAAGGCCCGGGUGAGUGGCUGACGUUGGACUCUCAGGUCAUCAUGACUGAUAACGAGAUCUGCGGCACCAAAGAUCCCACGCUUCACCUGAUGUUGCUGGACACACGCUUUGAGCUGCCCCUUGACAUCCCGGAGGAUGAGGCCAGGUACUGGGCCAAAAAACUGGAACAACUUAAUGCGAUGAGGGAACAAGAUUACUCAUACCAAGAAGAACAGGAACGCCCACUCCGGGCUCCGAGCACCCAGUGCUGUAAUUGGAGUUUAUGGGGCGAUCAACAGAACGAUGACCCCGACAGCGCCGUGGACGACCGAGACAGCGACUACCGCAGCGAAACCAGUAACAGCAUCCCGCCGCCAUUCUACAGCACAUCCCAGCCCAACGCGUCCGUCCACCAGUAUCCAAUCAACCACCAGAACCGAAACUCCAAAGGCGUCUCGUACUCCGCCAACAGUCACGACCUUGACUACAAUCAUCAGCGCACCGUCAGUCCCACUGGAAGCUAUGCAUCGUCCGCAGAGUUGAGUCGGUGCAGCAGUCAGCUGAGCGAAGAGGACUACGGCGCCGAAUACGCCGAGCGGGAUCCUUACGACGAGAACGACUCCUACCAUUCGUGCCACUCCUCGGUGAGCUACAGUAAAGGUUCCCCGGAAUGGGACCCUGACGAGACCCAGGCGACAUACAGUGACGAAGGAGGCUACAGCAAAGAUGGCGGCGAAGAGACGGCUUUGUACGAGGAAGAAGAUGGUGGCUUGUAUGAGGUGGAAGAGGAAGGCCUUUAUGAAGAUGAGGACUUGACAUAUGACGAUGACGACGUGUACAAUUUGGAUGGGAACCUCAGUGAGGAUUUGGAACCUCCGUUCACGCCCACCCCCACGUCCACCGCCCCGCCAGCUCUCGAUGCGCCAAGCUCGAGACCUCCCCUGGAAAAACAAACCUCGGUACAUGACAAACAGCCGCAACCGGCGAAUCAGGCGUCCGGCCAGGCCCCGCCCGCUGGCGUUGCCCCGACGGCACAGCCCGCUCUUGGUCCUCAACCGACCAAACAGAGCCCGCCCCAAACGCAGGCACAAACCGCUCCGUCUGCCGCUUCCUUCUUCUCAAUGGCCAAGCCUUUAACAGCCGCAGUCACGGGCUUAGCCUCCACUUUCCUGUCUUCUGUCCCCACCGCCCAAGCUCAUCCCCCGCCACCCCCCGCCGCAUCGGAACAACAUCAAUCUGCAGUAGCAGCAAACAAUCUUCCGCCUUCCCACCCGGCCACCUUAGCUGCAACUCAGCUCCCCUCGGCUGCGGCGGGCCCCGCUUCCCAGCACGUUGCAAAUUCCACUCAGCCCGCGCCUCUCCUCAAUGGUUCCGCCACUGCGCAGCCAGUCGCCCCUGUGGACGAGGCUCCGCAAAUGAAAGAAGAGCUUUGGUUGGAGGAGGAAAACGUAGAGGAGGAAGCCAAGGUGUCUCCUACGCCCCCAGAGGAGAAUCUCAGCACGGAGCAGGAGUACCUUGAAACAAACAAGUCGCCAACCCCUGAGGAAAAAGAGAUGCCACCUGAGAGUCUUCCAGUGAUCGAGGAGCCCAAAGAGCCAGUGGAUCCCGCAAUCCGAGCCAAAGAGAACUGGCUAAGACUCUACAACAAAGUCUUGGACCAGCUUCGGGAGGCGCGAGGAGAAACGUCCAGCUCGCUAUGGUUUGGUAAAGGAGGAAUGGGAGGUGCACUCUAUAGUAUUGACAGCAUGCCAGACCUUCGGAAGAGAAAAGCCAUUCCUCUUGUCAGGGAUCUGGCAAUGUCGCUCGUGCAGAACUCGCGAAAGGCUGGAAUCACCUCGGCAAUGGCCUCAACAACUCUCGGCAAUGAAGAGUUGAAAAGUCACGUUUAUAAGAAAACCCUGCAAGCUCUCAUCUACCCCAUCUCCUCCACUACGCCGCACAAUUUCGAAGUGUGGACAGCCACCACCCCGACCUACUGCUACGAAUGUGAAGGCUUGCUGUGGGGCAUCGCCAGGCAAGGCAUGCGCUGCUCCGAGUGUGGCGUCAAAUGUCACGACAAGUGCCAAGAUCUGCUGAACGCCGACUGUCUGCAGAGGGCCGCUGAGAAAAGUUCCAAGCACGGAGCGGAAGACCGAACGCAGAACAUCAUCAUGGUCCUAAAGGACCGCAUGAAGAUCAGAGAGAGGAACAAACCGGAGAUUUUUGAGCAAAUCCAGGAAGUCUUUGGCCUCGACAAAUCAACGCAUGGUACCCAGAUGAAACAGAUCAAGCAGAGCGUGCUUGACGGCACGUCCAAAUGGUCAGCAAAGAUCAGCAUCACCGUGGCUUGUGCACAGGGACUCCAGGCGAAAGACAAAACUGGUUCCAGUGAUCCAUAUGUGACCGUCCAGGUGGGAAAGACCAAAAAAAGAACCAAGACGAUCUAUGGCAACCUCAACCCAGUCUGGGAAGAGAACUUCCACUUCGAGUGCCACAACUCUUCGGACCGCAUCAAGGUUCGAGUGUGGGACGAGGAUGACGACAUCAAGUCUCGCGUCAAACAGAGGUUCAAACGUGAGAGCGAUGACUUCCUCGGGCAAACCAUCAUCGAAGUCCGCACGCUAAGCGGGGAGAUGGAUGUUUGGUAUAAUCUAGACAAGAGAACGGAUAAAUCUGCUGUGUCGGGAGCCAUCCGCAUGCACAUCAGCGUGGAGAUUAAAGGAGAGGAGACCGUGGCUCCAUAUCAUGUCCAGUACACCUGUCUUCACGAGCAUCUCUUCCAGUACACCACCGAGGAACAGAACGGCGGCGUGGUAAAGAUUCCCGAUGCCAAAGGGGACGAUGCGUGGAAGGUGUAUUUUGAGGAGACCGCUCAGGAAAUCGUGGAUGAGUUUGCCAUGCGUUACGGCGUGGAGUCCAUCUACCAGGCUAUGACCCAUUUUGCAUGCUUGUCAUCUAAAUACAUGUGUCCUGGAGUGCCCGCUGUGAUGAGCACCUUGCUCGCUAACAUCAACGCUUACUACGCUCACACCACCCAGGCCUCCAACAAUGUUUCUGCCUCUGAUCGAUUUGCCGCAUCCAACUUUGGCAAGGAGAGAUUUGUCAAGUUACUGGAUCAGCUGCACAACUCCCUAAGGAUUGACCUCUCCAUGUACCGGAAUAAUUUUCCUGCCAGCAGUCCUGAAAGACUCCAGGACCUCAAGUCUACUGUGGACCUGCUUACCAGCAUCACAUUCUUCAGGAUGAAGGUCCAGGAACUACAAAGUCCUCCCAGAGCGAGCCAGGUUGUGAAAGAUUGCGUGAAAGCCUGUCUCAAUUCCACCUACGAGUACAUCUUCAACAAUUGUCACGACCUCUACAACAGGGAAUAUCAGACGGAUCCUUCAAAGGCGGUUCCUCCAGAUGAGCAAGGUCCAAGUGUCAAGAACUUGGACUUCUGGUCCAAACUCAUCACGUUGAUUGUGUCCAUUAUAGAGGAGGAUAAAAACUCGUACACACCUUGCCUUAAUCAGUUUCCACAGGAACUCAAUGUGGGCAAGAUCAGUGCUGAGGUCAUGUGGAAUAUGUUUGCUCAAGACAUGAAAUACGCCAUGGAAGAACAUGAGAAGCAUCGUCUGUGUAAAAGUGCAGAUUAUAUGAACUUGCACUUCAAGGUCAAGUGGCUUUACAACGAGUACUGCAAAGAACUGCCUACAUUCCAGAAACAUGUACCUGAAUAUCCAGCGUGGUUUGAGCCAUUUGUCAUUAUGUGGCUGGAUGAAAAUGAGGAAGUAUCCCGAGAUUUUCUUCACGGUGCCCUGGAGAGGGACAAAAAAGACGGCUUCCAGGUCACUUCAGAACACGCUUUGUUCUCCUGCUCUGUGGUGGACGUGUUUUCCCAGCUCAAUCAGAGCUUCGAAAUCAUCCGCAAACUGGAGUGUCCCGACCCUCAGAUUGUUGGCAACUACAUGAAGAGAUUCGCAAAGACCAUUGGCAAUGUUCUGCUGUCUUACGCUGACAUCAUAGCAAAGGAAUUUCCAAAUCACGUGAAGAAGGAGAAAGUGCCAUGUAUCAUCAUCAACAAUAUCCAGCAGCUCCGAGUUCAGCUGGAGAAAAUGUUUGAAGCCAUGGGAGGCAAAGAUCUCAACGUAGAGGCAAGUGACUUCCUGAAAGAACUGCAGAAUAAACUCAACAGCGUCAUGGACGACCUCAGCCGCAUUUUCGCUGUCAGUUUCCAGCCUCAAAUUGAGGACAACGUUAGACAGAUGGGGGAUAUCUUGGCCCAGGUCAAAGGUCAGACUGUGCCGGCAAAUGGCAGCGUAGUUCAGGAAGCAGACAAUGUUCUGCAGCCCAUCAUGGACUUUCUGGACAGCAACCUGUCGCUGUUUGCUAAAAUCUGCGAGAAGACGGUUUUGAAGAGAGUGCUGAAGGAGCUGUGGAAACUGGUGAUGAACACCAUGGAGAAAACCAUCGUGCUUCCAACGCUUACUGACCAGACGGGCACACAGAUGAUCUUCAAUGCUGCUAAGGAAUUAGGCCAGCUGUCAAAGCUCAAGGAGCACAUGGGCCGAGAGGAGGCCAAAGCUCUCACCCCCAAACAGUGUGCGGUCAUAGAGCUGGCACUAGACACCAUUAAGCAAUACUUCCAUGCCGGCGGCGUGGGCUUGAAGAAAACCUUCUUGGAGAAGAGUCCAGACCUUGCGUCUCUGCGUUACGCCUUGUCUCUGUACACACAGGCCACGGACAAACUCAUUAGGAAGUUUGUCCUCUCUCAGCAUGCUCAGGUCCACGGAGGCAAAGGGAUCCGCUACACGGCCAACGAGGACACGCCACCGGAAAAACCAUCGGGGGUGGAUGCAGUUGGAGAGGUGGUCAUGCACGUGGACAUUCUACCUCAGCCGAACGGCGAGCACAAGAUCAGCAUCAAAGUGGUGGCGGCCAACGACCUGAAAUGGAGGGCGCAAGGUUUUCGGCCCUUCGUGGAGGUCUACAUCAUCGGCCCUCACCUUAGUGACAAGAAAAGGAAGUUUGCAACCAAAUCUAAGAAUAACAGCUGGUCCCCGAAAUUCAACGAGAGCUUCCAGUACUCGCUGGGCACCGAGGUGGGUCCCGAGAGUUACGAGCUGCAAGUGUGCGUAAAGGACUACUGCUUCGCCCGUGAGGACCGCACGGUGGGUAUGGCCGUGCUGCAGGUGAAGGACAUCGCCGACAAGGCCAGCGUCACCUGCUGGCUGCCGCUGGGCCGCCGCGUCCACAUGGACGAGACGGGCCUGACGGUGCUGCGCAUCCUGUCUCAGCGCAACAACGACGACGUGGCCAAAGAGUUCGUCAAGCUCAAGUCGGACCAGCGCUCGGCCGAGGAGGGCCGCAGCUGAGGGGCCAGGCCCGCCACGUGCGGUAGACAAGCACACAAGCCUGCAAACGCUGUAAAUUCCUUCGCCUACAUUUUUGCAACAUUGAGGGCAGAAUAUCUUUCUACAAAUUCAUGUUUCCUUUGGACACAUUUUGACCCUUGUAGCUUCAGGUUAGCCACACUCAUGAUACUAACAUGUCACUUUUUCUACAGCCAACACUUAGAUGUGAAAUAACGACAAGACACAUGUGAAUCGUUGGAGGAUGACCACUUUUGCACUUUUGCCUCCCUGUAUAUUCAGGAGAGAGGCGCUAAGCUACGCUAUGCUACGUCUGUCUGUGUAUGUGCGUUGUUCUUCCACGCUUGUCCGUCUUGUGUCAAGUAGGUCUGAGACGCUGGUCUGAGACGCUGCUUCUUACGGUUCCUGUAACAGGGGUGUCCAAACUGAAAAGCGUCGAAUCAUUUGAGCUCUUUCGGUUUCCCUCCUCUAACAAACCUGAUUCAAAUGAUUACGCUCAUUAUAAGGCUUAACAAACUGAAAAUUAAUUGGCGAGAAAUUUGUAUCCAGUCAUAAGUUCAACGUCCCCUUUAAUGCAAGUAUGUCAUAUAAAAGCCGCAAGCCAUAUUUUGAACACCCCUGUUAUAUUUUAAAGAGAACCUCACUGACCUAAGUUCAGCGUCCACUAGGGCCCUCCUCCCCUCUCGUGUGUUCCGUGCCGUGGAUAACGUCCUGCAUGUUGAAGCCUCCUAGCAAAACUGUGAUUUACCCGCUGUAACCAUGGCAACUCCCCCCAAUAAUAUGGCUGUCUCCAAUAGUUGCCCAGUAUGAGCAUGAUGCGUGUAUCACAUGUUUCAUGUGACAUUCCAUUGUGUGAUGUAAUACACAGCGUGGAGCACAUUUACUGUACAGCGGUACCUUGACAUACGGGUGAGCCCACUUGCGAGAGAGACAAGGCAUCACUUGGUCUAAUUUUCUUCGAGCAAAUAUUUGAUUUUUGCGUGAGCGUCAGCCAUCCCGCCACUAAAUGGCUGCAAUAAACUCCACAACCUCCAGCCACUGUCAGGUCAUGUGGUUGCCUUGAAAUACAUAAAUCUGUUUUGUGCUCGCCUUUUUGUUUGUUUGUUUGUUUGUUUGUUUGUUUGUUUGUUUUUUGUGCAGGUAUUUUGCCAAAGUGAGUUUUGUAACAAUAACCUGAUGUAGUUUGCUAAAGCAGAAGGACGUUACAAUUAUUUCUAGGCUGUUCAUGAAAAGUUGAUGAAAGUGGCAAAAAAAGUAGAAAAUAUUGAAGUUCAGUGAAACCAAAGGAAAAACAAUGUAGCAAGUAAAGGAAGUGGUUUAGUUCUUUACAUUUUAGUUUAUAUUUGAAUAUAUAUAUAUAUAUGGUUUUAUACAGUACAUUACUGUUUCCAGUCAUUUCAAUGGGAAAGGAUGCUUUCAAAUGAGUGUUUUAAGUUGAGCAUAAUCACAGCUUGACUGCAACUCAUAUGUCAGGGUACCACCGCACUUCCAAAAGGGCUAGCAGAUCCCCCCCCCCCCCACCCCCCACCCUUACUCUGCCAUACUGGCAUGCCCACCGUGCAGUUCGUCAAGAGUGACAUGUAGUACAGGUCAAGUUUGUAUGUGCGCAAAAAGACGUUCUGAGAUUGUGAGCAAUACGAAUGCACCGUCAAUCAGUCCACCUGAAAACCAAGCGCAAUAUCAAAUCCUAUCCCCGUCAUUUCCUUUUACUGAGGUCUCCUUUUGUCGAAGACGGAAUACGUUUGUGUCCUUAAAUGACUAUUUGCCUUGAGAAGGACCCACUUUGCAUGAACCAGAGCUCUUAUUAUCAAAUGUUAAUUUGAAAGAUAAGCCAUCGAGUUGCCGCCAAGCAUUUAUGAUCGAAUUUAUGUUUACUGCAACAAAAAAAAAAAAGAUGGGCUGACACCGCCAUUGUCAUUUUUGUGGUUCCGAUUAAUGAUGUCAUUGACUGUGACCAAACACUGCUGGCCUAUCUCAUGUUGUCUCUCCUCAAUACUCUUAACAGUAAUGAUCAAUAAGUCUUACUGAGCUGUAUCUGCAAGAGAAACAUUCAUCUGUAACAGGGUUUACCUAACUUAAUUUUUUUUUACACAAAUUAGACUCAAAAGUGGAUUACACAUAUAACCAAUUUUUAAAAUGGAUGUGUAAAACUUUAGGUUAGCUUUUGAAAAACUACAUAUUGUAAAGAAAAAUAAAUAAAAUGUCAAUCAAAGACUUACACUUAGAAAAAAAAAAUCCUCCCUCCUGGCACUUCAGCCUUUGUCAAUGGGGUGCUGCUGUAAAAGCUUCCAACCUUGAUCUCUAAUCAUAUUCAGUGUCCAAAUUAUGAGGAGCACUCACACCCAUAGGUGCAGUGACGUAGUCUUCACGUGUUGUCAUCUAUUCCAGGGCUUUUAAAACUCAAAAGUUUGCGUCAAGUUGUAACCUGUACAGAAAAAGAAAUGGAGGGCUUUCGGCACCCGCUUCAUGCCAUAUACUGCCGACCUUGCGGCAAUCUCUGCUCAAGCACAAAGAAGACACACACAUGCAUGCGUGCACGCAGACAUGAUGACCACCCGUGACAUAGAAAACGAAAAUGCAUGAUGGGAAUUUAAUGUGCCAGCACGCAUCUCCUUUUUUAUUUUCCCCCUUUCUUCGUUUGUUUUGGAGAGAAAAAAAAAAAGCCGUGUAAUGACAAAUCCUUCACGUGUUUGUUUUCAGACAGGCUUGUGAAUAUGUCAUCUGUUCCAAAUAUGAAUGUAGUGUGAACACAGAAUUCGCAUGAGAGGGUUAUUUUCUACUAAGGAUGUUUCUAAUUGAUUUCCUAUUCAUAAACUGAUUGUUCCAGAACUAGAAUGCAGCCUGACUGAUCUGCUUCCUAUUAAAAGGACAUUUGUGUCACAAUCGGA